GCCGCUGUAUCACAAGCAAAGAGAUGCCUUCGUCGGCGAAGUGGACUAUGGUGUGAACUUCCCCAAAGAAACAACAAAUGAGCCUGUGCUGGCCAACUCACUCUUGUGUUUCAUCCUUAACGGCCUUUCAGUUUCGUUCAAAAUAAACCCGUGGCGUACUUUUUCGCGAGAAACUGCACUGGCCGUGAGCUGCACAUGCUCAUGAGACACGUUCUGAAGGAAGUUAAUUGAAGAAAUAGGAUUUUUCGUCGUGCGCAUUGUCGCAGACAACCACAAGAUCAAUGUCUUUGCUAUGCAACUUCUGUGCAAAGGAAGCCUCAAGCAUUGCAUUUACCACCCUGGAAAACCAAAUCGAAAGCUCUUUCUUGCAUUCGAUCAGUGCCAACUGAUCAAAAACGUGCGAUCACAUUUUUUGUCCCGUGACAUCGGAAAAGGCGGCGAAGUAUCAGCGAACCACUUGAAGAGCCUCUACAGAAUGCAGCAAGGCAGCCUUGUGAAGCCAGUACGAUUUUUGACGAGAAAGCACAUAAUCCCUAUGAAUAUGGAAAAAAUGAACGUGCAGAGAGCAGUGCAAGUUUUUUCUCCUCCUGUGACAGCUGCAAUGAAGCUCUUGCAAGAGCAGGCGAACCACACGUGCGACGCAAGCUUCGCGGGUGUCGGACCGAUGGUGCAAUUUAUGGACACCGUGCACCACUGGUUUGUGCUCAUGGACGUGAGUAAUUGUACCCAGCACAAUCGGAAGAAUGCAGACUGCAAGCAGUUUGAAUCUGCAGGCGAUGAACGGCUAAUCUGGCUGGAAACAAGCUUCCUCGACUACUUGGCCGAUCUCAAAAGUCAGUGCCUGGCAAAGAACUUCCUAACCAAAGAGACUUAUGAGGGUCUUGUGGUCACAACUCGUUUGAACGUUGAGUGCAUUAGAUAUCUUCUUGAAGAGAUGUCUUUUCACUUCGUUUUGACGAGGAAAAUGUCAUCGGACCCAAUCGAGUUGUUCUUUGGCUGGCUGAGGAAAUCAGCAGGAUCAAAUGACCAAACGGACAUCCGUGCCGUGCUCACAGGCAUUGAGAUGAUGAUAUAUGGGUAUAUUCCCUCAAGGACCGGUAUCGCAUCGGCGUCGAGUACAAGCAACAUAAUGGCAGCAGAAGAGAGUGAUUGCUUGUCAACGCUGCCGCAACAGAAAAAUACAAGGGAGCAAACCAGCGAGGAAUUCCCUGCAGAUGCACGUAGAGAGCUCAUAGAGCGACUAAACCGAGAUAAGCCUCUACUUCCCACUCCAGAUGUGGCCGCAUUGGCUAUGGUUGGUGGCUACCUCGCAAGAGCCGUACGAGAAAACUUCGAAUAUGAGGAGUGCUACGCACUCUUAACAAAGCCAAACGCCUCGACACCAUCGGACUCGCUCAUUAAACACCAAGACCGCGGUGGACUUCUUUACCCGUCCGCACAACUUCUAGAUGUUCUCUACGCACUACAGAAGUUGGUCGAAGUUCUUCUAGCAAGAAGAAGGCGUAUGCAUCACCCUCUAAAGGAGGCUGUGAACAAUGCUACCGAAAUCCUCCGCGAGCACAAAGCUUUGAUGUGUUCGAAGCCAGGGCACCAACAGAAUUUGCUCAAAUUGUUGCUUACGAAGUUCUUUCGCCCAAUAUUCACCAAUUUCGCUCUGAAAGUGACAGACAAACAAGACGUUGCCAAAGUGUUCGCAAUAAAGCCACUGUCACGAAAGACCCUGAAACUGUGAGCUUGAUCUCACAGCUGGGGGCCUAAGUGAAAGGUCCAGUUUUCACAAUAUGUCUCGUGUUGCUUGCUUUCAAUGUACUGUGGGGAUGGAAAGAAACGCGAACAGUGCGGCACCUACAUUCUCUGAUAUUUCGAAUUUCUUUUCGAGUGGUUGUAGCCUGCAUGAUAACUAGAAGCCACUAGAAUAAAACUAUUCUAGCAUCUUUUUAUUCCCACCAGGGUCACAGCAAGAUGAAAACAUCGCGCCAGCACUGUUUGCGUUUCUUCCCAUCACCCCUGUACAUCAUGAACAAACACCAGUGCAACCUGCGCAUUUAUUUCACAGCUCCAUCUCUAAUACGAGCGCAAGUUUCUCUCCACAAGUACGCGCACAACAGCGCAGUCGCGUCGUCUGCUCUGGGACUGCAGUGCAAUGCCUUAGUACAACUACGGGUCAUAAAUAGGGCUCCGUGUUUUCGGAUAAAUCCGAAAAAAUCCGAUAAACACUCGCCGGUAAAAUUUUUGACAUUUUGAAUUUAUCCGAUACACUCCGAAUUUAACGGCCAAUAUGACCCUGUUCCGUACUAUAUCGAAAGGGCAUGUUCUAUGCAGUCAUUGAUACAC